AUAACAUUUAGAGGCACCUAUAAAAGCGAGCUGGUAGUUCUAAUGUACCAAAGUGUUCACCACAAUUGCUAUCUGGACUCCAAGUGAAUCGUCUAAGAAGCCACCAUGAGAACCGUUGCUAUAAUUUUAAGUAUAGUAAUCGCGUUGAACGUUGUCUACGGUAACGAGGAAGAUUUACGGAAAUACAGAAAAUUCUAUACAGACUGCUCCCGAAAGUUCAAUCUACCAAGUAGUGAGGUUCGAAUCGACACGGCCUUAUGCGCGGCUCACCAAUCUAAAUUUCUAGACCCAACUGGCGCUUACUAUCCUGAAAUGAGUAAAGAUGCAAUUAAAUUAUUAAUUUACGCCGACCCGGAGAAAUUGGAAAAAGCAAUGGAAAUAUAUAACAAAUGCGAUAAGGAAGCGACGCUAUCAAAAGAGGUCGGUAUUUGGAAGUCAAUGAUGUUUCUAGCUUGUGGCUUGGAUCUUAUAAAACUUAUCGGACAUUUCAUUGAACCGUAAAGUUUACUUAACUUAUAAGAUUUUCCACGUUACUGUAAAAAUAAAGAAUAAAUGUGACAGUAAAAGUAAA